GUGCUCAAUAAUCGAAAGAAAAGGAAAGAACUCCGCCUAUUCCCCUCACCUCCUCCGAAUUCCUCUCUUUCUUUAUAUGCAUAUAUAUUAUAUAAUUUAUCAUCGCUCCGUCUCCGUCGCUUCAUUCUCGGUUGGAGUUCAUUUGUUUGUCUGGUUCCAGUUCUUGAUCCCGCAUAGACGUGUUCUCUUUUCGUUUGAGAGAGAUGUCAGGCCGUUGGGUGUUGCUGGUUGUGUUAUUUGGUUGCAUCCUUGGAGCCACCGAUGCCAGCGAAGGCGACGCCGAUCCGCUUUACCGAGAUUGCACGGAACAAUGUCAAAAUACCGGAUCCUUUGGGAACAACUCCAUUCAACAUUGCCAAUUUUCAUCUGGUGAUGUACCUGGAGAGAAUACAUUUAUGAAAACGCAGCUGUACAGUCUGCACUUGAAGUGGAAACAGUGGAAAUGCAGGAGCUUUUGUCAGUAUCUUUGUAUGAAGCAACGAGAAAUGGAAAGGGGAGCACUUGGUCUCAAAGCUGUAAAGUAUCAUGGCAAAUGGCCUUCCAAGCAUGUCUCUGUGUUUCAGUCUAUUUCUAUCCAGGUGCCUGUUUCUGCUGCCCUCUCAGCAUUGACUCUUGUGGUUCAGUUUUAUGGCUGGCUAUCCUUUUUCCGUCUAGUAUAUUACAAGUUGGAACGUAGGCCUCAAAGUAGGAGGCCAUACUAUGAGUUUACUGGCUUGUGGCAUAUCUAUGGGCUCUUGUCAAUGAAUGCCUGGUUCUGGAAUGCUAUUUUUCAUAUUUGGAAUUCUGAUGUUACAGAGAAGUUAAAUCAAUCAUCUGCUGUUGCUUUACUUGGGUACUCCCUCAUUCUGGCUAUACUGCGGACAUUUAAUGUCAAGGGUGAAGCUCAAAGGGUUACAGCUGCAGCCCCAUUAUUGGCCUUUGUGACGACACACAUCCUGUAUCUGAACUUCUACAAAUUUGACCAUGGUCUGAACAUGAAAGUUUGCAUCAUAAUGGACAUCGCUCAGGCAAUCCUAUGGGUGGUAUGGGCUGCCGUAACUCGUCCUCCUUCGUGGUUCAAAUUGUGGACAGUUAUGCUUGGAGGCAUCCUUGUCAUGCUUCUAGAGGAGUUCCCAUCGUCCAAAGGGUAUGUUGAUUUGCGGCAUGCUGCUGCCAUCCCCCUCGCUUAUCUUUGGUGGAACUUUGUCAAGAAAGAUGCAGAAACUCGUACCUCAGCCAUCACUAAGAAAAGAAGGUAAGAAGCAGCAGAGAGUGCCUAUCUUGCUAUGGUACCUCAAGACAUUGAUUGAAUUAUGUUCUUGCACUGGAUUUUUCCUUUGUUAAUAGGUUAACCCUUUUUCCCUUUUUUGUUCAGUGCUUUUUCAAUUUUUAAGCAAUUUGUGUAAGUAUGGUAUCCAUUUUCAAUCCAAAUUGUGGGGUUCCAUUUCGGGAUACGGCUUCUCUUAUAAAUUUUGCAGUUCAUAAUUGCCC